UUUCAAAAAACGCAUGCGUACAAGCUUCAAAACACAUCCAUAAACGUGACGCACACUCACCGUAACAUAACCAAUACAUGCGUAGAAGUGAAGACAAGUUCGGUUCGUUUGAAAACGUUCGUUUCGAAUUCAUUCCGUACCGGUCUUCGGUUGGGUAAAGAAGUGUUCGGGUUUGGUCUCCUCAACACACGAAAAAGUUCUCGUUUUUAAGUGCGCGAUCUUUUCUAAUUUCUAACAAUGGAUAUGGCAUGUUUGGAAAUUCCCGGAACUGUCCAAGGCGAUAAGGAUUUUACAAUUCUCUCCGAUCACCGUGUCAUUAAAAAUCUCCUAGAAGCCGAAAAAGCUUACAUACCUUCAAUGAAUUACUUUAUCAUUCAAAGUGACAUCAAACCUUUUAUGAGAAAAGUUGUUACUCAAUGGAUGUUAGAGGUUUGCGAAGAACAAAAAUGUGAAGAUUCCGUUUUACCCUUGGCUGUCAACAUCAUGGAUCGGUUCAUGUGUGCUUGUGUUAUUAAGCGGCAGGAUUUUCAACUUUUGGGGGCAAGCUGUCUUUUGAUCGCCUCCAAAUUGAGAUGUUGCAAUCAAUUGGGGGUCGAUUUAUUGUGUGCUUACACCGAUAAUAGUGUUACCGCAGAAAAUAUUCAGAGUUGGGAGUUGCUGAUUUUGUCAAAAUUGCAAUGGGAGAUGAGUGCUAUAACGGGGUUCGAUUACGUGGAUCAAGUAAUCGGGCGGUGCUCCUGGGGCAACGACAGCACCCUUCUCAGACGACAUUCCAACACGUUGGUCUCCGUUUGCUAUACGGGUAAGUUUCUUGGAAUAUCACCGAUCGAAUUAUACCAGGAGGUGCAAUUAGGUUUAAUGAGAUUGUAUUUUACGCGCUCGCAAUUUAUGUCACAUUCUUUUAUUUUACAAGGUAAUUAUGCACGUCGCGUCGUCAACAAUUAGUUCUCAAACUUAAUUUUCGUACCUUAUUUAGA